AUGGCUCCAGUUAGCUCGAACUUAACUAAUACCGCAAAUUCUUAUGAUCUACAGAUGAAUGAUUCAAUUACCUUUGGUCAUUACAUUUUCCAAAGAUUACUAUCUUUAGGAACUAAGUCUGUUUUUGGUGUUCCAGGUGAUUUUAAUUUGCCACUUCUAGAAUACUUAUAUGAUGACUUCCAAAGCCCAGAUACUAAGGAGAAGACUAGUAUUAGAUGGGUAGGUGGUUGUAAUGAGUUAAACAGUGCCUACUCUGCAGAUGGUUAUUCUCGUUACACUAACAAGAUUAGUUGUUUAAUCACCACUUUUGGUGUUGGUGAAUUAAGCGCUAUCAAUGGGGUUUCUGGUUCAUUUGCGGAGAAUAUUAAAGUUUUACAUAUUGUUGGUGUUCCAUCAACAAAAAUCACAGAAUCACCAGUUCAAAAAAAUUGGAAUUUACAUCAUUUAGUUCCAUCAAUGGAUUGUCCAAAUUUUAAUCCACCAAACCACAAUGUUUAUCACGAUAUGAUAAAAGAUAAAAUCUCAUGCUCAACACAUAUUUUAAGCGAUAUCACCAAGGCUGCUGAUAUGGUUGAUCAAGUCAUCUUAGAUAUAUAUAAAUAUUCUAGACCAGGUUACCUUUUUGUUCCCUCCAAUUUUCCCGAUAUGCUGGUAUCUACUAAAAACUUGAUCGAUAGGCCAACUAUUACCAUGGAUGAUGCAUUAGCUUUGAAUUCCAUCGAUUCAAACUUUUCACUUUCUCAUAUGAAGGAUUUGACAAGAAGAAUCUUGAAAAUUCUUUAUAAGAGUGAAACUCCAGCUGUUGUUUGUGAUAUGUUGGUUGAUAGAUAUGGCGGCAAAAAAUUAAUUAAUGAAUUUAUUAACCGUACAAAAAUUAGAAACUUCGUAACACCACUAAGUAAAUCUACUAUUGAUGAAACAAAUGAGAAUUAUGUCGGUCUAUAUAAUGGUAAACAAUCUAAUGCAAAGGUAAUUGAACAUUUUGAGAAUAGUGAUUUGGUUUUACACUAUGGUGUCUUUUCCAACGAAGUUAAUACUGGUGUUUAUUCUCAUUCUUAUGGCCCAAAUACAACACUCAUUCAAUUAAACCCCACAUAUCUAAGAGUUGUAGAAUAUGAAAAUGGUCAUCACAGUGAAUUGAUUUAUAGAGAUGUGAACUUUUUACAUAUUCUAAAGCAACUAUUGAAAGAUAUUGAUUUAUCAAAAUUAAAUUUCAAAUACCAACCACUUGCAACCAGAGUAAAACAAGAAACUAUUGAAAAUUCAGAUGGUAAAAUUACACAAGCUUCUUUAGGUCAAGCUUUCCCAUCUACUUUUAAUCCUGGUGAUAUUUUAGUAGCUGACACUGGUGCAUUCCAAUUCUCAAUCCGUGACUUUGUCUUCCAUUCUCAAAUGAAAUAUAUAACACAAGGUUUCUAUUUAUCAAUUGGUAUGGCUUUGCCUUGUGCUUUAGGUGUUGGUGUUGCAAUGCAAGAUUACCCACUUGAACAUGUGUAUGACAAAUCCAAACUUCCAAAGAACUAUACCCCAAGAUUAAUUUUAUGUGAAGGUGAUGGUGCUGCACAAAUGACAGUUCAAGAAUUAUCCACAAUGAUUCGUGAAAAAAUUUCCAUUGAAAUAUAUUUAUGGAAUAAUGAUGGGUAUACAAUUGAAAGAGCUAUUAUGGGCCCAACAAGAUCAUAUAAUGACAUUGCUGCAUGGAACUGGACAACUCUGUUGAACUCAUUUGGUGAUAUUAACGGCAAAUUAACGAAUAGUGUUACUAUUGAAACUCAAUCAGAUUUAGUUGCUAAAUUAAAGGAUUUGAAAGAAGGUGACAAUAAUAAAUGUAUUGAAUUUAUGGAGGUCAUGCUUGGGAAGGUUGAUUAUCCACCACAAUUACAACAGAUGGUGAAUGAUCAAAAGAAAGGAGCUAAAAAAUAA